AUGGCCACAAGAAUGGGCUUCGCGCUCACUGGCGCGAUCAUUGGCAGGAUGGCUUUGGGCUUGAAGAUCAAUGAAGUGCUUAAUGAAGUGCAGUCGGAUCUGCAGCAGGGGCUUGCAUUGCAGGCUGAUUUCGAGAGGUAUGCAGCAACGUUGCCUGAGGGCGCUACGAAAGAGCUCCUGCGUAGCUUCAAGAUCUGUGGGUCUUGCAACAACUUCCGCCGCUUUGGUGAAACACAUGAUGGAGGCUAUCUCAUGUGCAUGGACCACAUGGACGGUGUUACGGCCGCAUAUUCCGUCGGCGUAGAGCAGCACGACAAGUGGUCUGGUGAUGUGACUGGAACCUGGAAGGUGCCUGUGUAUCAAAUGGACUGCACGGUAAGUCAGCCAGCUGAGAUGUGCCCAGGUUGCAAAUUCUUCCGCAGCUGCCUGACGGGUUCGACACCUGGUGGCCCACAGCCAGCUUGGACCUUGACGGAGACCUUGCAGCACACUGGGCAGGCAUCAGCACCCGACAGAAGUCUGUUUGGCAAGAUCGACAUUGAGGGAUCGGAAUGGGGUGCCUUCGCAUCCGCCGACGUCUCAACGCUGAAGAAGUUCCGGCAGUUGGCUGUGGAGUUCCACUGGUUGCAGGAGGUUCACAAGCACCCAGACUACUUGAGAGCCAUGCAGAAGUUGCAGCUUGCCGGUUUCCGUGUAGUGCAUCUGCAUGGCAACAACUACGCGUCGAUGUUCGACACCACGGACUACAAGAUUCCACAGGUGGUAGAGGUGACUUUCGACUCAUCAGCACAGCCGAUGGCAACUUGCCUCCAGGAUCAGAAGAUGCGUCCUCUUGACAUGCCCAACAACGCCGCCAAUGCAGAGCUUCCCCUAGCUCACCUCCCGAGCUUAUGA